GUUAACAGAAUUGUCAUUAUUCUUGUUUUCAUUAGUGGUGGUUUCCAGCAGAGAGGGCAUUAAGUGGUUUACCUAGGACUGGAGUGGAAUUGAAUGAACUUAGCUCUUCUGUGUGACUCCAGAGCUGGCCUGAAGACAGUGCUUGAGACUGAAUUUUUACACUUAGUGUGUGGGCACUUACUGCUUACAGGAGCAAAAGGUAGGACUGACAGAGAUAUUACACUCCUUGGACUAUAUGUAAAGUGUUCCAGGUGCAAUGGCAGAUCCCAUCCGCUGGGCCCGAUACCGCUGGCAGCGACUGAUACCAACAGAGGGCAGAGAAUGCAGCAGCAACAAUUCAAGUAGCAAGUGCUAUCAAUUGUCAAAAACUACUGGCAAACAUAGGGUAGUAAUACCCUGUUUGGGACAUUUUAAAGAAGAGUAUGAAAAAUUAUCAAAACUGUACAUGAACAACAAAAUACGGACUACUAGGUAUACUUUAUUGACUUUUUUACCACGGAAUUUAUUUGAACAAUUUCACAGAGUUGCCAAUUUAUAUUUCCUAUUUCUGGUUGUCCUAAAUUGGGUUCCUCUGGUUGAAGCCUUCCAAAAAGAAAUUACAAUGUUACCUCUGAUAGGGGUUCUGACAAUUAUUGCAGUGAAAGAUGGCCUAGAAGAUUACUCAAGGUACAAAAUGGAUAAACAGAUAAACAACUUAGUAACCAAGGUAUAUAGCAGGAGAGAGAAGAAAUAUAUAGAUGAGUGCUGGAAAAAUGUCAAUGUUGGGGACUUUGUCCGGCUUUCACGUAAUGAAAUCAUUCCUGCUGACAUGGUGCUGUUAUAUUCUAGUGACCCAGAUGGGAUCUGUUACAUUGAAACAGCAAGCCUUGAUGGAGAAACCAAUCUAAAGCAGAGACAGGUGGUGAGAGGAUAUUCCGAACAGGUCUCUGAAAUUGAUCCAGAAGAAUUUUCCAGUAGAAUUGAGUGUGAAAGUCCUAACAAUGACCUCAGUUGUUUCCGAGGCUUUGUUGAGCAUUCAAACAUGGAUCGAGUGGGUCUUAGCAAGGAAAACUUACUGCUCCGAGGAUGCACAGUAAGAAACACAGAAGCUGUGGUAGGCAUAGUGGUAUAUGCAGGUCAUGAAACUAAAGCUAUGCUGAAUAACAGCGGCCCUCAUUACAAGCGCAGUAAAUUGGAAAGAAAAGUGAACACCGAUAUUCUUUGGUGUGUUCUGCUUCUACUUUUGAUGUGUUUAACUGGUGCAGUAGGUCAUGGAAUUUGGUUAAGUAAGUAUUCAGAAGUACCUUUUUUUAACAUCCCCGGGCCAGAUGGGAAAUUGAGUCCUCCAACAUUAGCAGGCUUCUAUAUGUUCUGGACAAUGAUCAUUUUAUUACAGGUCUUGAUCCCUGUUUCUCUCUAUGUUUCUAUUGAGAUUGUCAAAUUGGGACAAAUUUAUUUAAUACAGAAUGACAUUGAUUUUUACUAUGAGAAAACAGACUCAACUAUUCAGUGUCGAGCACUAAAUAUUGCUGAAGACCUUGGCCAGAUUCAGUAUAUUUUCUCUGACAAGACUGGAACCCUCACUGAAAAUAAGAUGGUUUUUCGGAGAUGCACCAUUGCAGGACAGGAGUAUUGCCAUGAGGAAAAUGCAAAGAGGUUGGAAUGUUAUCAAGAGAUGGAUUCCAAGGAUGAGGAUUCAGCUGAUUGUCAGUGUGGCUCUUCAGCCCCUACAUCAAAAUGUCAGGGGAACAACUGGAGAGCUGUGUGUGAACCUUUGAACAGAAAGUCUAUGACCCAGUUGUCUGGUAGAUUCUCUGCAUUCAAAAGGCAAGAAGAAGCAGGUGAUACUUCCAACUCAGGACACAUGGCUUUCAGUAGUCCCAUUGAAACGGAUGUUGUACCAGACACACAGCUGCUGGAGAAGUUCAGUCAAAUUUCUUUUCAUUCCUAUCAACAAUCAGAAAAAGCUAGCAGCAAGUCAUCUUUGGAGACAAUGUAUAUCGCUGACUUCUUUCUUGCUCUGGCAAUCUGUAAUACUGUUGUAGUCUCAGGUCCCAGUCAGACACAUCAGAAGGUGAGACUCUCUUCGCUGAGUAGAAUGCCUAUUAAAUCACUUGAGGAAAUCAGGCAAAUGUUCCAGAGAUUUUCAGUCUGGAGACUAAGUUCUUCCCCACUUCCAAGUGUAAAGGAGUCAUCAUCUGAAAGCCCCAAUAGUUUUGUGAGAAAACUGUCUAUUUUUGGAAUGAAACUGGCUUCACCUACUUUGGAUGGAGCUGAUGAAAGGAUUUCUGAACCUCACAAUACUGACAGCCCAGAAAAUUCUCAAGUGCCUGGAGAAAUACAUUUAGUGAAUGUAGCUGCUGGUGGUGAACCCAACCAUGCUGUGUCAUCUAUCGAAUUAUCUCCCAUACCAAAACUAAGUUACGAAGCUGAGAGUCCAGAUGAAGCUGCCUUGGUUCAUGCUGCUAGGGCUUAUAAAUGUGUUCUACAGUCUAGGACUCCAGAUCAAGUAACUGUGGACUUCGCAGGUCUGGGGUCUUUAACGUUUCAGCUUUUGCAUAUCCUGCCUUUUGAUUCACUGCGGAAAAGGAUGUCAGUGGUGGUUCGGCAUCCAGUCUCCAACAAAGUGGUGGUGUACACAAAAGGCUCAGACUCAGUCAUGAUGGAUUUGUUGAGAACUGCAUCUGAAGUACAUACUAACAAUUCUGAAAUUGAAGAGAAGAUUAAAGAGAGAACUCAGCAUCAUUUGGAUGAUUAUGCUAGAAGAGGACUGCGCACUCUUUGUAUUGCUAAGAAGGUGAUGAGUGAUGCAGAAUAUGCAGAGUGGUUAAAUCAUCGUUUUUUAGCAGAAACCAGCAUUGACAAUAGGGAGGACCUGCUGCUGGAAUCUGCCAUGAGGCUUGAGACCAAUCUAACUUUGCUUGGUGCCACUGGCAUUGAAGAUCACCUGCAGGAGGGUGUUCCAGACACAAUUCAGGCUUUACGGAAAGCUGGAAUAAAAAUAUGGAUGUUGACAGGUGACAAGAGAGAGACAGCUGUCAACAUUGCCUAUGCUUGUAAACUGCUGGAACCAAAGGACAAAAUCUUCACUCUAAAAUCACAGAGUAGGGAUGCCUGUGCCUUGGUAAUGAGCAAAAUUUUAGAAGACAUCCAGGAUAAUACUUCUGUCAAAAAAAACCGCAGUGAGAAACUUGGAAAUGCCUCUGCAAGUCCCUCCACCCAAGCUCAAGGGUUCAAUUCAGGCCUGGUUAUUGAUGGAAGGACUUUAGAACAUGUCCUUCAUGACAGCCUACAGAAUAUUUUCUUGGAACUCACAGAAAAAUGUCGGGCUGUGGUCUGUUGCCAAGCCACACCACUGCAGAAGAGUGUCCUGGUCAAACUGGUGCGAAGUAAGCUAAAGGCAAUGACAUUAGCUGUAGGUGAUGGUGCCAAUGAUGUCAGUAUGAUCCAGGUGGCUGACACUGGUGUGGGAAUAUCUGGCCAGGAAGGCAUGCAGGCUGUGAUGGCAAGUGACUUUGCAAUCUCUCAGUUUAGACAUCUCAGGAAGCUGCUGCUUGUCCAUGGUCACUGGUGUUACACGAGACUUACCAACAUGGUGCUUUACUUCUUCUACAAGAAUGUGACCUACGUGAAUCUGCUGUUUUGGUACCAGUUUUUCUGUGGGUUUUCAGGCACAUCAAUGACUGACUACUGGAUCUUGAUUCUUUUCAAUCUCCUUUUUACAUCGGUGCCACCCAUCAUCUAUGGUGUCUUGGACAAAGAUGUAUCUGCAGAGAUACUCAUGGAACUACCACAGCUUUACACAAUGAGCCAGAAAUCUGUGGCUUACUUGCCUUCAGCUUUUUGGAUAACCUUGCUGGAUGCAUUUUACCAAAGUCUCGUUUGCUUUUUUGUGCCUUACUUUACUUACUGUGGCUCAGACAUAGACAUUUUUUCUUUUGGAAACCCCAUAAACACAGCAGCACUCUUCAUAAUGCUGUUUCACCUUCUCAUUGAGUGCAAGUCUGUGACAUGGAUACAUACAGUAGUUAUAGUUGGCAGCAUCCUGUUUUACUUUGUGUUCACUCUGGCAAUUGGAGCAACCUGCAAAACCCACAACCCACGAUCAGACUUUUACUGGAUCAUGGAAAAGCACAUGACAGACCCAGUAUUUUACUUAGUUUGCCUCUUAACUACUUGCAUUGCUCUGCUACCCAGAUAUUUGAUAAGAGUUCUCCAAGGAACAUUGUUUCCAUCUCCAGUGUCGAGAGCCAAGUACCUUGUCAGACUGUCCCCCGAGGAGCGGAGGAAAGAAAUUAAGAGAUGGAAAGAUGAGUGUAAUGUGAAUUAUAGGGUGAAGCUCCAAGCUACUUCUGUGCCUUCCAGCUAAACUGCAGAUGCUGUAUCAGAGGAAGAAAGCACUGAUAGUAUUUUGUCAGCACAUAAAACACCUUUUCAAACCUGUUCAAGAGAUGGGUUAUUAAAUAACACCUCCUUCUUACCAGGCAUUCAGGAUGAGUCUGGGAGUACAAGUGGCUUGAACUCUGAAAAGACUGAAUUUACUAAAGGCAACUAAUACAUUUACAUUUGGUGGCAAUAGAUCAUGUGCUAAAGUCACUGUGUGUGCUUCUGAAAAGGGCAGCAGUGCUGUCUGUAUCUCUAGCACACAGUUUUGUAUCUCUAGAGCAGUUUUCAGCUCUAUUUUGUGUGAAGAAGAUGCUUUACUGUAUUUUACAAAGUUGGAAUGCUAACUGGUUAAACGCAGGAGUAACAACUGCUGAUUUAUGCCAAGGUGUGGUUUUGUUUUCUUCAGCCAAGGUAGAUGAUGAGCACAUUUCCUUAAAAUCUUGUUUAUAAGACUUUUUCGUAAUUUAUUAGGAUGUUCAAGGUUUAAAUGUCUGGAUUAUUUUUUAUAUUUCUUCAUACAGUAGACUUUGCAUACUGCUUAUUUCUUGUAUGCAACAUUGCAUAACACGUCAUGGUGUUAUAGACAGGACAUUGCAUAAAUGUGGAUUUGGAGAAUCCAGUUCAGGUAAGUUCAGCCUGCUCCCUUACACUACUGCCCUAGAAUCCUAGCAUGCCCUCGGAUUCACCACUUGCUGAAGUAUGAAGUAAGCAACAGGGCUGGGAUGUGGUGGUACUGGUUGACUUGUUUCAAGACUUUUUAUUACAUGUAGUAGUUUGUGUAGACAAUAAUUUAUGUAACCACUGUCGUCCAGUUUGUUCACCAGGCUAUUGCAUAGGCCAUCUCACUGAUGGAUAAACACCAUUUUAACCAUAAGAGAGAAGCCCAAACGAGACACAUGUAACAUGUCUCCCUCACCUUCCUCUUCACAUAAAGAGUAAAUCUUUAGUGCAGCCUUUUUUUUCCAUGACAGUUCAUCCUCCUGCUGUAUCACUCCAUUUUGACACCAUUUGCCAUUUCAUGUUAUCUGCAACCAAAAGGACUUACUUCCCACCUCACCCAGUUCACAUGUUGGCUGGCUGUCUUUUCUCUAAACUACCUCAUGCCUGUACUGCAAAAUUGUCUGCCAGCAGCAGUAAGGAGCUCCAGUCUUGUCUACAGGCCUUCCCUUACAAAUAGCAGCUUCUAGCUGAUAACAUCACUCUUCUUCAGUCUCAGGUGUUUUUACAUUCCUCCAGGCUUUUAUAAUAAUCAGCUAAAGUGUCUCUAAAGGCUGCUCAAAAGAAGGCAUCUUGCAUUGCAUGUCUCGCAUUUGAGUGCUGUUGCUCAUCUGUCUCUAAGACAGAUGAGUCCUGCCCUCUGCCAGUUUCCCACUGCUCACACACUGCACAAAAAGUGGCUGAGGUGCAUGUGGCAACUUCUAGAUUCCAGACUCUCUAAAACAUUGCCUCCUUUUUACUUCCCUUCCCAAAAAGUUACAUGGACAAUUUAGGGAGGAAUGUAGGAAAUCUGUUUGUAUUCACUAGCACCUGUUGAAAUAAACAGUUUCCUCAUACUGUA